AUGGUAAUGACAAUUGAUGAUAUGGAUAUCCCGAGAAAGCCGAGUACCAUGACUCCCAUGAGAGCUCGGUCUCCUUCUAGACCUCCUCCACCUGAAAUUAAGGACGACGAUAGUAGCACACUGUCUGGGGAAGGAGACGAUUCCAAAAUGCCGAUGACUAUUGAUGAAAUGGAUAUCCCCAGAAAACCAAGUGCAGCAAGCCCAUCUCGGCCGCGGCAACCGCUGGUACCUUUGGCGGAUAGUGAUGAUAGUAGCACACUUCCUGCUGCAGAAGGCGAAGAUACUUAUGAGCCGGCUGGCAGAGGAGAGUCGAAAAUGAUUAUGACCAUUGACGACAUGGCUAUCCCAAGAAAGCCGAGUUCGAGUCCUCCAAGGCAACCGCUGGUACCACUGGCGGAUAGUGAUGAUAGUAGCACACUUCCCGCAGCGGAGGGAGAAGAUACUUAUGAGCCGGCAGGGAGAGGAGAUUCAAAAAUGAUUAUGACCAUUGAUGACAGGGCUAUCCCGAGAAAGCCGAGUUCGAGUCCGCCACGGAAACAGCUGGUACCGCUGGCGGAUAGCGAUGAUAGUAGCACACUUCCCGCAGCAGAGGGAGAAGAUACUUAUGAGCCAGCAGGGAGAGGAGAUUCCAAAAUGACAAUGACUAUUGAUGACAUGGCGAUCCCGAGAAAGCCGAGUUCUAAUACUCCCAUGAGACCGCUGGCUCCGCCGAGAGCACUGCCGCUGCCACAACUGUCGGACGAUGACAGCAGCACAUUGCCUGAGGAAGAGCCGAAAAGAGUAAUGACGAUUGAUGAUAUGACCAUCCCAAGAAAGCCGAGCUCUAUGCCGUCCAUGAGUCCUACGAGGGCCCGGUCGAGGUCCCCUGCUAGACCACGGACACCGCCACAGAUGAAGGAUGAUGAUAGUAGCACACUUCCUGGCGAGGGAGAAGAUACGUUCGAAAUACCAAAUAAUGAAGGGGAAUACAAAAUUGCUCAAAAAAUCCAACCACAAAACAAGAAAGCAGGUCGCGGACUUGUUUCCUUUUCUUUGUCUGGUGGGCCCUUGUUCAGUCCAAAGAGCAGAAAAUACAUGGAAAAGAUUCACGAUCCUACCAAUGACGAUGAUGUGAGUAGUUUGGAAGAGAGCAAUCGGUCCUUGGGCUUUGACAUGAGUGAUGACUUCCCAAUACCCGCCGUUCGAGGCAACACUACUGGUCUUGCGGCUCAAGCUGUUCCCUUGAGGCGGAGCCAAUUGGAAGAUGAAGAGAAUGGUGCUUUGGGCGAAGUGGGCGAUACGUUCGAUAUGGAAGAUGUCAAGCCAGCAAAAAAACGGGGUUUCAACUUGCGAGGCAACCGACGUGUUUCACGGAUGGGAAUAGGCAACAAAUCACCGAAGAAGUCACCCAAAAACUCUCGUUCACCCAAAAAUUCUCCAAAGAAAUCACCCAGUAAGGUCGACAGUGCCAAUGGCGAUUUUGUUGCUCGCAUGACUUCUGCUGAACUAAAAGCAAGAAGGAAGGAGCUAGAGUAUGGCGACGAUAGCAGUACCAUGGGGGGCUUGGGCGAUACACUAGAAUUGGUCGAAACCGAGCCGAAGAAAAAGCGAGUUUUCAACUUAAGGGGCAAUAAGCGUGUUUCACUGCUUGGAGGUUUUGGCAAAUCCAACAACGGUUCAAGUGACGACGAUGACGACGAAGAGGAAACGGAUGAAUUCAAUUUGGCUCCUUUGACUGCUGAAGCCAUGUCAAGACGACGAAAAGAGCUCGAGUAUGGCGACGAUAGCAGUACCGUAGGAGGGGAAGGUGACACACUCGAACCUGUUGAAGCGAAACCCAAGAGGGGGAUGUCCAAGAUGGUAUCUUUCAGCAUGAGUAGUGGACCUGCAUCAUUGAUCGGAAAACUCAGUCCCAAGAGAAACAAAAAGACCCUUGGUGGCCUCAAGGAAGGGGUUUCGGAUGACGAGAGCGACGACUUGCUUGGAGGUCUGUCCAGCAAAUCAAGAACCAUCAGUCACAGUGGAGUCAAUAUGGCAGGUGGCAUCGGAGUGGGAAAGGUUCCCAAUUCACCAAUGGUGCCUCCUUCCCCUAUUCAGGUGUCGAGAAGGCGCAAACCCAGGCGACGAGUGAAGCGAGGUGGAAUGGUCACAACACCGUCCUCCAUGAAUCUCGGGGAAGUAAUGUCCAAUCCAUUUACUACAGAGGAUAUGGAAGAAGUCAAUAGAGCCCAGUCUCGGCGAGGAAGUGUUUCAUCCGUUGUGUCUGCUAGCGAAUUGAGUCAAGAGACAGAUUUGCACAAGGCUCUUGCUGACGAGGACGCCACCAUGGAGCAACUGAACUACUUGCUACAAAACGAACCAGCGGCGGCCUCCAUCCACGACCACGACGGAAAACUACCACUUCAUAUUGUCGCAGAAAACGAACAACUACAUCUUAACCUGGGACAAGCGCUUGAUGACUUCAUUCUUGAAGACCUCAUUCAUCGGAAUCGACGGGCACUGAUCACUACAAAUUAUGCAGGAGAGUUCCCCUUUGUGGGAGGCAUUCGGGAAUGGGUUGAUAAUAUCAACGAAGUUGCAGAAAACAACAUACCGGAUUUGAGCACAUUUGAGAGCAAGAAAGCCGAAAGUCCGAAACCAAUGGGCGGAAGAAGGAGGAUGUCUUUAUUGGGCGCUUUCGGGGCUGGUCCCAAGGAACCAGACUCUGACGACUCCUCCGAACUCGCACUGGUCGCUCCCAAUAACGACGUGGAAGAUCCAGCGAAAAAGGAAGAGAUACUUCGGGAUUUGGCAGAACAUUUGAUUCCCUGGAAUGUUUUCAUCGAUGAUCUUGCUCUGUGGUCUAUUGAUAUGCUGUCCAUGUUAAUUGAACGAGAGCCACUGAAGGCUAUGUGGACCAUCAAGAUUGUUGACACCGUCGCGAGCAUUCCCUGCUUUCUCAAGACUGUGCUGUUGAUAGACGAUGAUGAGCAGCGGAAACAUGUGUUGCAAAGUCGUCUGUUGCAUGAAGUCAUGUUGCAUGAGAAAAGUAUGGGACCUUGGCUUGUUUACUUGAUCACCUCAGACGACGAGGUUGCCCAAGAUCGAGCUGUCAUGUAUUUGCAACUAAUGACUGUCAUUGAAGGUAAAAUGGCAGCCGCCCAUCGCUCGACUUUCAGCACAAGACUCUCUGGUGCUUUCAAGUCGGCUGAUAAUCAGUUUUUCGAGCGGAAGAACAAGGUCUACACCAAGGCGGCAGAAUUGCCAGGCAUCAUUCCAUCCUUCAUGCAAUUCAACUCAAGCAAUUUUUCCAAAUGCAGUACAUCAAGUAUUGUCCAAUUCAUUUUGGAUAAGAAGCUCUUCGAGCCAAAGUCUCUGACAGUCAUUCUCUUUGAUGUCUUUUUUCUAACAAUGGCAGUUGUCUUGUUCACUCUGUGUUCCAAUGAAGUCUUCAAGCUCAUUUCCAACAUGCGGUAUUCACCAAUGCUGACCUUUGCCGUGAAUCAAACGGCAUAUAAUCUGUGCGAAGAUGGAACCUUGGGUCGAGAUGACCAUACUUGUUUGUACUACAACGAAAAGCAGGCCAAUGGUGAUCCUUUCAACAUUGGGUCCGUCAGUCUGUUUCGGCCCACUUUUGACUGCGACUUGGAAUGCCAAAUUUGUAAAGGACUAGGCAACUUUGAAGGUGAUGCAACCAAGGGAGGCAGCAUCAUUGAGUACUCUGGAGAAGAAGCACUCAGCGAAGAAUUCCUCUUUACCUGUUAUGCCAUUGGCGACCGGUAUCCCAUUGACACCUUUUUGAUAUUUUGCGUCAUGGCUCUUUCCUUCAAUUGCUUGUACUUCAUGUCACGAAGUUUGGCCGCAUGGGGUCGUGUACCUCGCAAGUAUUUGGCGGCUCAGUUUUUCUUUGUUUUUACAGUGGUGGAUACAGUUUCGAUCAUUUUCCCCGUGGUUUUAGUCAUCAUUUUUUUGCUGUUUAUCUAUCAGACAGACAAAUACACUGGCAUCGGAGAUGGCAACUACGUCCCGUUGAAGAUAUAUGAAGUUUGGAUGUACGAAGCUGAAUGGUUAUCUGCUGCUUCAGCAGGAUGUGUGGGGUUCUUGUACCUCAAGAUUCUCAUGUAUUUCAAGGUUCUGAAUCAAUACACAGCAACCUUUAUUUUUGCUCUCGGGGAGGUUGUCAAGGAUAUCUUUUGGUUCUUUUGGAUCAUGGUCGUCAUCAUAUUCGCCUUCAGUCAAAUGUUUUACACCACGCUUUCUUGUAAAGAAGGAUUCUGCAAGGCCGACUUUGGUCAGUCCGAAUCUCCCUACAACUUCUUCAGCGACAGUCUCUUGAUCACGUACUCGAUUUUGCUUGGAGAAUUCGAUUUGGAGCAGUACAAUUCACCAUUCACGACCAUUCUCUUUGUAUUGUACACGUUUGGCAUUGUGAUUGUGGUGCUAAAUUUCUUGAUUGCCAUUGUGGGCGACUCCUUUGACAAGUCCAUGAUUAAGAUUGAGUCUCACUUUGGUCGAGCUCGAUUAAUGUUCAUGGUGGAAUUGAGUGCCUUUCAAUCGUACGCCAAGGUGCCCUUUCGAGUGAAGAAACAAAACUACCGCCGCUUUUUACUUGGCGGCAAUUGGAAGGGCUGCAUUUCCUACAUCAUACUUUCAGCUGGUCUGGUGUCUGGAUUCGUCCUGCUAAUCAUCAACAAGGACUUGGUGACCAAAAGUUCCACACCAGUGAUUGCCAUGAUUGGCGUCACUCUCGGAUUGAUGAUUCUUUCUCCCUUCAUUUGGAAGUUGGGCCUUGUUCGAUUCUUGGUGCAUUCCUCGUUGCUGUCUCCUGUUCGCAGGGGAGUUGGAAAACUCUUGAUUAUGUUUUUCCGGGUAAUUUUGGGUAAGAGUAUUCUAUCCGAGCGAUCCGAAAAGGACCAAAAGGAUUGGGGUGGUCGUUUGAAGCAUAUUGUUGGCGCAAUUGAUGAAAAGAUUCGAGAGUCUGAAGCCUUGACAUUGUCCACUAUUGCCGAGAAUGAUGAACGACAAAACCGAAUAAUUGAAAAGAUGGAGCUGCGAAUGGAAAACUUGGAAGAAGAUGUUUCCGAUAUGAAGAAGAUGCUAAUCAAGAUUCAAAAAAUGCUGGAAGAGCAGGGGUAG